AUGGUCACCCCCAGCACAUCGAACGUCCGCAUUGCGAGCCUGACGGAAGUUUGGGAAGACCUGACCGAUGGUCUAAACACCGCUUAUUCUAGGCAGCCCAUGUCAUCUCAAAGAUAUAUGGGACUCUACACGUGAGUUAAUCGGAAAUAGCUUGAAAGCUUGAAUGAAAAAUUCAGAAGCGUCUACAACUAUUGUACGGCCAUCACAUUAUCAGGAAAUCUCAGCAAUCGACGGCCUUCUACGCUUUCUGGGCUACAAAAUGGUUUUUGAGCGUUUUCUCAACUUUUAACGAGAAUAUCGACAGGAUCUGCUAUGGGGGUGAGUUCCACGCAAAGAAUCGGGAGGGCUCCACAAGGCGCGGAUUUCGUUGGUCACGAGAUGUACGAGCGGCUCAAAGCCUUCGUCACAGCUUACGUCGUCGACAUUCAAACGGUAGUUCUUCUUUUUAACUUUUUAUAUUGGAAUUUUUCGGUUUUAGAAAGGGAUCGACUUGUACGGAGAAGCUUUGCUCGACUUUUAUACCAAAGAAUGGAGUAACUUUCGUAUAUCAUCCAAGGUUCUCCAUUGGUUACUCUCUUUAAAUUUGAGACAUUUUUGAAAUUAAAAAAGUUCAUUUUGAGAUUAACUCACGUAGACCACAGAUCUUCCAUUGGCUGACGGAAAGUCGAACUUGAAUAAAUAUCCAAUUUUCUUGUUUUUAAUUGAACGCAGGGGCUUUUAAAACAUUCUUUAUUUUGAAGGGUAAGGAAUUAUUCGAUUCAUACUUUUUAGGUGAUGGAUGGUAUUUUUGCGUAUCUAAACCGCCAUUGGAUUCGUCGAGAACUUGAUGAAGGUCGCGAAAAUAUUUACAUGAUUUACACGGUAAAUCAUUAUACUCAUAACUGUCGAUAAACUCUGUUUUUUCAGCUUGCAUUGAUGAUCUGGAAGGACAAGUUAUACGCGAAGAUGAAGGAGCGUGUGACGGACGCCGUUUUGGAAUUGAUAAAGCGCGAGAGAAUGGGGGACACCAUCAACAAAGGCUUCAUCUCUGGGGUCGUAGAGUGUUUAGGUUACUUUUACGGUCAUUUUCUAUUUUAGAUUUUGGUUUUAUGGAUGACGUCGGGUCCCAAUUGGGUGAUUUGUUAUUAAUUUCAUUACGUUUACAAUUUAUCUCACUUAUGCAGUGGAUUUUUAGUCACAAAUCAGAGAAGCGAACUCUUGAAAGAAAAAAAAAUAUUGGCUCUUGUAGCCUUCGCAGUCGCCAAAACAUUCAAAGAUUCCAAUUUGAUUUUGUAUAUAAUUCAAUGAACGAACGCAUAUAGUUUUACAUCAUCGGAUGAAUAUUUAACAAAAUAGAUCUAAUGAUAAAAUGAAUCGGCAUAGUGUCGAAAUCACGCGAGGGAAGGAUUAAAGGAAAAACAAAAACGAUCCGAAGAGGCUAUCAAGAAUUUUGAAUUUUUUUUUAUUGAAAAAAAAGUGCUUGAGGUUUGAAACGUGUAAUCAUUUCUUGGGAUGAAGCCUUGUCUCUGUGAAAAGCGGAUAGAAACGGAGUUUUGCAGUCGAACUCGGGAUCGACGACCAGGACACCUCGUCAAGAUCGUCUCCGACGGCGCCACCGACGACUCUUUCUCCUGGGCCGGCGCCUGCCGUACCGCCUACCGACAAACUCAAAGUCUACAGGUACAACUUCAGCUUUGAAACAGAAUAAAUAAUUUUUUCAGAGAAAACUUUGAAUUGAAGUUCUUGCGUGCUACGAAAGAGUUCUACGCGCAAGAGUCGGCAGACUUUUUGGGACAGGGCGGCUCUGUGACAGAGUACAUGAAAAAAAGGUUUGACUCUUCAAAAUCGAAACAGUUUUUUUCAAAAAGAAAAACAUAAUAAAAAUAUCAAAGAAAAUAUUUUUCGAAAAACGCAGCGAGUUAUCGAAAGGGCUCAAAAAAACAGUUCCCAAGUUGCCGAAUUGGUUUUAAGCAACAAUCGAGGACGUCAAGACCAAAGUAUUCGAAAAAAAUGAGCAUUCUUGCGUAUAACGGAAAAUCGAAUUGCAAAUUUUUUUUUUUUUGAACUGAACCUUUUCUCCGCCAAAUAGUCAGUAUAUUCAUUGUUAAAAAAACUUUCUCUCCUGAUAGAAAAUUUCUUUAUUUGAAUAAAAUUUGUAAAUCUUAAAAAAAGUAAAUUUUUGGGCAAUUUGACUUUUUAUGGAUGAUAGCCAACAGAUUUUUAGAAUUCCAAUGCUCUAACGAUACACAAAAAAUAUAGAGGUCGUGUUAAUAAAAGAUGAAGUACUUUUUUCAAUUUGAAAUUCGCUCGUAAUUUUUUUUCGAAAAUAAACAUUUUGACACGCAGAAAAGGACAUUUUUUCCAGAUAAUCUAUUCAAUUUCUCAGUAAAAAAUACUAAAAACAAGUCGUUCUCCUCGAGAAAUCAACUUUUAUGAAAAAUGAUAUGGUUUGAGGUGGAGAAACGGAUAGACGAAGAGUUGACAAGAUGUCAGCUCUACCUCAACGGUCACACGAUGGCGAUUCUGUCGAGUACGUGCGAAGAAGUCCUGAUCACUGCGCAGUUAGAACUGUUCCAAAACGCAUUCGGCGGUCUCCUUGAAAACAGCAAAGACGAAGAUUUGUCCCGCAUGUUCAAGGUGCUUCAAAAAAGCCUCAAAUUGCACAUUCUACGAGUUUCUAGUUGUGUUCUCGAGUGUCGAGUGGCCUGGACAAUCUCCGAGCUGCUCUCGAGAAGCAUAUCACGAAAGAAGGUCACAUGGCCCUCGACAAAGUUGCCAAGGACGCCUUCAACGUUCGUUUUACGAAUUUUCGAAACCAUGAGAAUCAUAAACUUGAGUACAGGUAUCGAAUGAAGUUUUCAAAUAAAAAAUAUAUCCAAACCGAAUUUAAUAUUGCUAGAUCACUUGCUUGAUCUAUUUGGAAAAGCUAUGGCGGAAAAGAAUCGCUUUUUUGUCAGCUUACUUUUUUCUUUUCUCACUUCAUCCCCAUUUUUCACGACUUUAAACGCCGGAGUGCGGCAUUUUCUAAGUGUCGGCAAAGCGAUCGUGAUGCGUUUUUGGCCUCAAUCUCAUUUUUUCGCUUUUUCGGAUUAAAUCACCAUUUCUGUUAGGAAAAUUAAUUAAUUUACUUUGAAUACUUUUCAAAAAAGUUCGGAAUAUGACUAUUAUGCUACUAAUGAUUAAUAUUCAAUUUCCUUUUAUAUUCUGAACUGUCCUAUUUUUUUCUUAUUUGGCGGCCCGUAGCGCGACCGCUUCGCAUUCAAACUCAAAACGCCAUUUAUCUAAACGUGCCAGGACGCGCGUCUUUACAUCACAACCAUUCUCGAUGUCCACGACCGAUAUUCGAAACUCGUCGGUGGAUCUUUCAGCAACGAUGCCGGUUUUAUCCAGUCUUUAGACAAGGUGACUUUUUAUGUUUAUAUCUUUUUUGUCUCAUGUUUUUAAAAACUUCUAAUGAUUUUCUUUUUUGACUUUUUUUAUAUGAUAAAAAAACCCGGGGUUUUGUUUUUUGCGCAUAUUAACAUUUUCGAUGAUUAUUUUAAAACGCUUUAGUUAAUUUUUUUUUUUUUUGAGAUAAUUUUUUGCUUCCAAAUCUUCCUUCUGUCCCUAGGCUUCAACGAACUUCAUAAAUUCCAAUGCGGUCACUACUCGCUCACCUUCCAGUCAGAUCGGCAACAAGUCCGCAGAACUCUUGGCCAGGUAUUUCUUUCUCAAGUUGCCAAGCCGAACCUUCAAAAUUCUUUUGCACAGAAUUACUCUUCCUAAAUUCCUGCACUUUUUAAUGGUGGAAUUUUUGUGAAAUGAAUUACAGAUAUUGCGAUCAAUUAUUGAGAAAAUCUUCGAAGAACACGGAAGAAAGUGAUCUAGAGGGACAACUCGUACGAAUUGUAAUUUUCACCUUUUCAACCUGAAAUAAUUCGUUUUUCAGAUGAUUGUGUUCAAAUAUAUCGACGAUAAAGACGUUUUUCUGAAGUUCUACACGAAGUUGUUCAGCAAAAGGUCAAAUUUUUGGAGGCCUAGAAAAAAAAAGGCGAAUCUCUAUUUUCAGACUGAUAACUGAGAUUUCGGCAAGCGAUGACGCUGAGACCGCCCUUAUAACCAAAUUGAAAAACAUGUGUGGCUACGAAUACACAACAAGGCUAUUGAAAAUGGUCAACGACACUCAAGUCAGCAAGGUGACAAAUUAUUAUCUUUUUGACAAUUUUCCAUAUUUAGCAAUAUGAAAUGAAAGGUGAAAACGGGAAACCGUUUUAGAGUUUACUGAAAUUUUGAAGCAAACUUUAUUUGAAGCAACACAAUUUUGAUCCAAGUUUUCCUGAAGUUAUAGCCCUUCGACGCUGCGAAAAAUCCUUUGUUUUUUCGUUUGAUGUCCUGCGUUAUUGAGCAGAGCGAAAGCUUUUUUUUUCCAAGAUGAAAUGUUUUAGGACCUGUGCACAGAUUUCAAAGAGAAGAUGACGACGGACCACAAAAACGCGCUCGGAAUGGACUUCAACAUUUUGGUUCUGAGGUUUUUCAUCUCUGAGCUGACCUCCAAGGAUCAAUUUCCGUGUUGCAGCUCUGGCUCCUGGCCGACAUUCACGCCGACUUCUUUGCACUUGCCCGUCAAACUUAGCAACUGCGUCGAGAACUUUACCGACUUUUAUCACGCCAAACACAACGGCCGCCGUCUCACCUGGGUCUGCACUUUCCGCGGAGCAAAUCCAACAAAUGAUUUCAGAUCUACUCGCAGUCGAGGGGCGAGGUCGUCGCCCUUUGCUAUUCCAAGAAAUACGUAUUCACUGUGAGUUUGUCUAACAACGGGCGAAAAAAGGGUCAGACGCUCAUUGACAAAAUCAUUGAUUAAAAAAACAGACAGGAAAAUUGCACAAGUAAGGAAGUAAAACCAAAAAAAAAUUGGUUUUUCUUUUGAAUACUUUUUCUGCGUUCAGUGACUAGUUCCAACUGAAAUCACUAAGAAAUCAAACAAUUGAUAAAAGGUUCAAAAAUAUAAACUUUUUGUUGAAUAGUUUCUUUUCAAGCCUAUCAAGCUGUAGAGAUUUAGCAUAACCGCAAAAGUUUUUCUCCUUAAAAUUAUAUUUUCUGAAACGUAGAUCUAAAAGGUGUAUCAAAAAAUUUAUACUAACCUCAGUUUUUUUUUCCACUUUUAAUGAUUUUUUGUGUUAUUUCAGGGAUAGAAGAACUUAUAAUAUCCAAUUCUGACUUUCCAAAACUUAAAUAAUUUUUUUUUCACUUUUUGACGGUUAGUUCGAACUUCGCGUUUGGACACACAAUAUCUGUUUAUUGUAGGCUUCAAAUAUGUACUGAGAAGUCUUUAAAUCACCUGAAAACGCGAAUUUUGUUUAAAUGAAGAUAUUUUUGAGCAGAAUUUUCAAUGUGAAGAUAAUUACUUGAUAAUGUAAGUCGAUGAAAGUCGAGUUUUUCUUUUCAGUCGACUACGGCACAAAUGACGACGCUUUUGAUGUACAACGACCAGGAUUCGUUCAGUUUUGAUAGUUUGAUGGAGGCCACGAAAAUGGAAAACAAGACCGCCAACGCUGUGGUCAUCUCCCUUAUAAAGGUCUUUUUCCAGACUAGAUCCGCUAAACAUAUACACCAGCGACUUUCGAGCUCUUUUUUAUAUAGGAGAAUUGCAGAACGAAAUAUUGAAGUCUGACAAAGAGCCUUCGAACGAAGAACUGCCCGCAGAUGCAGUCGUUUCCUUCAAUCCCUCGUACUCCAACAAGAAAGUCAAGGUUGUUUUCUGUGAUUCAAGAUGAAAGUCAACGAAAUGGACAGGUGGACCUGUCCAAGUUGGCCAUUCGACCGGACGUCCAGAAAGAGACUGCCGACGUGCAGAAGAAUGUCGACGAGGACCGGAAAGGAGUCAUCGACGUCUGUUUUUCUUUCUUUUUUUUCUGGUCCUGUGAGUUCAAAUUGUCUUUUGUAGGCCACCAUUGUGCGCAUAAUGAAGACAAGGAAACGGAUUUCUCAUUCGCAACUCAUGUCCGAAGUUGGUUUUUUUGUUUGUUUUUUGAAACAGUCUCAUUCGAAAGGCACAACGUAUUGAAAUUUUUCUAAAAAUCUUUUCACAUUGUUUAUAUACAUACGAGCGCUAUGGAUACGACUAAUUCUUUCAUUUUCGCUCUUUUUUAGGAUGUAUUUUUUUUAGCAUUGAACGUCCUCUCUUCAUAACUAUUUCAGAAAGCUAAAAAAAAAAUAGAAAAUCGAAUUCUUAAUUGUGAAAAGCUACAAAUUUUUUUUUCCUCAAGGUUUAUCGAUUUUAUACCUGCCCAUGUAUGCUUUACAAGCAUCGAAAUUGUAAAAGCUAUAAAAAAUAAAGGAUUCUACGGUAUGAAUGCGGCCGUGUUUGAGGUUAUCCAGCAGCUCUCGAUUCGAUUCAAGCCGAAAGUGGAGAUGAUCAAGCGUUGCAUCGGCUUCCUCAUCGACAAGGAGUACAUGGCGCGCGUCGACGGUCAGAACGACACCUACGAGUAUAUCGCCUAA